AUGUCAUACUUUGUCUUAUUGGUCAAGGAUACCAAGAAAUUCAACGGCAGUCCACCAACUGGUGCUCCUGUGUAUCGUAUGGAGGACGUUAGCACCGAGGACAGUACCACUAGCAGUAACGUUUAUUGUGAUGGAGCAAGGACAACAUAUCCAAGAGUAUUCCCAGACGGAAUGCCGCUGAUCAUACCAGUUGAUGUAGAACUUUUAGCUGCCCAGGGUGUAAGACUAAGGAUGAAGAACAUUCCUGCUGAUAUGACGAUCUUAGAUCACAAAUACGAACUGCAGGCAGUAACCCUAAGAAGCGGCAAAUACGAACAUUACACCUGUAUCUUCAAGUACAAUAGCAAUUGGCUAUAUUAUGACGGUCUUUGUAACGAAGGCAAACCAUCUCUUUUUACGAAUUUCCCCCACACUUACAGACCUAACACACUACUUUAUGUCAAAAUUUCUGAAUAG